AUGGAAAGGGCCAGCAACCGUGCCUACGAGGAGUACGACCCCUCCAUGGAGUGGAGCCGCGGCGCCAAGACCGACAGCGUCAAGAUCGUACUCCCAGGGUUCAAAAAGGAGGACAUACGCGUGCUAGUCGACAGCCACGGCUACCUGCGGACGCGCGGCGAGCGGCCCCUCAUCGGCAAUCGGUGGAGCCGCUUCCAGAAGACCUUCCAGCUCCCGGACAACUGCAUCGUGGACAGCAUCCGCGCCAAGUUCGAGAGCAACACGCUCACCAUCACGCUCCCCACACCGCUUUCACAGUCAAAUCAAACUAUUGAAGUUGAUUGGAAGAGAGUGCAACAAGGUAGCCCAUGA